UUGCAUUUCGCGGAAUUUCAUAAAAGGACGACAAGGAGUCUAGAUUGUCUAGAUCAGAGACCAAUAAACUAGUUUGCUUGUUAUUGAUCUGAGCAAUAAACCUAGGCACAGCCAAUCGUGGCGUUAACCGUACACGUUAACGACAAAGUCGUCAAACGCUAACGUUUAAACAUUGGCGUGACUUCGAAAUCGUUAGAAAAAGUUGAAAGCAAAAAGUAUCUUCUACACGCCAGACGUCUAUUUCGCAUUGUUACAUGCUUCAACGCAAGCAAUUUUAUAAGUUUGUCUAUAAUCUGUAUAAUGGUAUAGCGUGAGCUUAUAACUGCGUUAAAAUUCGACGUUAGGUUUUCAAUGUGAAGUGUUUUGUGAACUUUUGUGCGCGUAAAUUGAAACGUCUGCAGUGUUUCGAAGAUUUCAAAUUAUUUUUUUUAAAUUAGUUAUCAUUUAUCACUUAAAAUGGAAUCUCGAGUACGUGCAAGCCCGGAACAAUUUUCUAUAAUGUUAGAUUUUAUGGAAAGACAUGGGGAUCUCUCAAGGCCACUACCUGGCCACCAAGGAAGAGUAAGAGGAGAGCGGUUGUGGGAUGAGUUGGCUGAAUUGUUGAACUCUGCAGGUGGAAGUGGUGUGAACAAAACAGCUGAAAAAUGGAAGAGGGUGUGGUCUGAUUGGAAGACAAAGACAAAAAAGAAGGCAUCAAUAAUUAAUCGAGCUGUGCAUGGCACAGGUGGCAGGCCUGCUCGGGUGAAAUCUUUAAAUCCUCAUGAGAAGAGGAUUAUGGCCAUAAUUACCUCAAUUACAGGACAUCAAACAUUACAGGAAGCAGGUUCUGGAAUUACAAUGCCAUCAUCACCAGCAUUAGUUACUGUGCCUUCCCCACAAAUUGACUUAAUAUUGCCACCAUCAUUAGUCGAAGACCAUGCUAAUUAUACACUAGCGGCCUCCACUGCCGAAACACCUGCCACACCACAGCGGUCAACCAUCACCAAUCCAGUAGGACCUUCACUAAAAGCUGCAAGAUCUACAUCCUGCGUGUUAAAUCCACGCCGCUCCCGUCUUAAACGACGCGGAAGAAAGCAAACACCUUUUGAAAGGGUCAUUAGUAAAUUGGUGGAUAUGGAAAAAGAUCGUUUGCAAUUAGAACGCGAAAGGGAUGCACGUUUAUUUGAAUUGCAUGCAAAUCAAUCCGGUAUCGAAGCCCAGCGCCUACAAAUAGACGCAACACGCGUGGAAGUGGAGAGAGAGCGGGCUCGGGUAGAAGCAGAAAGGCUUCGGAUUGAAGAAGAACGGGUCCGAAUACAACGGGAUACUAAUACAGGCUUAAAUGAUUUAAAAGAAAGUAUUAAAGAAUUAAGUAUAUCUAUUGCAGCACUUCAAUCACGAAUGGCAUCACUCUGUGAAGUCGCCAGUCAUGACAAAACUUAGAUAACAAAGAAAUUAUUAGUAUAUAAAUAUCGUUAGGAUACCUGCAUACCCGAGAAGUUCUCAAUAGGAAUUUUGAGGGUGUGUGAAGUCAAUCCUAGCCAACCCAAUUCGCACUACAGCGUGGUGGACUAAGGCCUAAUCCCUCUCGAUAGUAGAGGAGGUCUGUGCACCAAUGGGACAGUAUAUAAUAUAGGGCUCAUACUAUUAUUAGAAAUAAACAAGGUUAAUUUUGUAAAUUAUUUAGUGACUGACCUGCUGAACCAUUCUUAUUCUGUAAUGCUUUCUUGUAAAGCAUUUAUGCACAGGUAUUGUUACACUUUUAUUAAUGAGAACUUUGUUUUAAUGUUAUUAUGUAUGGAUAUUAUAUGUUUUUAUUAUUUUCAUUUUAAUAUAAUAUUAUCUAAAAACCAUAUAAACACUAUUUUUAAAUGAUAUUUCACCAGCUUAUUGUUACGCAUAGGACAAUAAUUAUAUAAAAAAGUAAAUAUAUUAACACUUCAACAUUAAUAAUUGCUAAUUAAUAAUUGCGGAUUAUUUUUUAGGCCAACAGUUUUUAAAAUACUAUAUCAAUUGCCUUUCUGCUAAAAACAGUAUUUUUUGUGUGUCUCCAAAAUUGUUCAUAUUUCUAUUAAUUUACAAUGUGUAAAAAUUUUAUUUUUUCCUUUUUUAGUAUUAUGUUUUUAUAAUAGACUAUUAUUAGAAAUCCUCAAGUUCGAAUGUGUCAUUAGGCUGUUGACUGAAAGGGAUAAGACUGCCAUGGUAUUUUAUUAUUUUUAUGUAUAUUUUUACCCCCUUAUUCAUAGACUUUUUUAUCUAAGGACGAAGUAAAGCUGUGGCUACAAGUCUGUUUCUAUUGUUGUAUAUCAUUAUUAGCGAAUCACAACGGCCCUAUGGGUACGCGCUGCGAAGGCUGCCAUGACGUCAGCACUGAGAAACAGACUUGUUAUCACAGCUUUACUCCGUCCUUAGAUAAAAAACGUCUAUGAAUAAGGGGGUUAGUGUUUAAUUUGUAUGUAAUGAAAGUAUUUUUAACACAAAUAGGAUUGAAUGCAGUUUUACAGAAAAAAUAAAAAUGUAAGUAGAAUCUAAACUAUAUGAUAUAAGGUUAAUUGUAAUAUUUAUAAAGAGACUAAGGCAAAAGUUUUGUGUACGAUAUAUUUUUGAUAGAAUUCUCAAAUGGUUUACUAUGUGUAGGUACACGCCGUUUUGAUACGAGCCCUUUAUAAAUACAUUGGACAAUUAUUUUUUUAUAUUUACGUCUGCUCAUGUUUUGAGUACUUACUGUUAAAUGGUUAAACAUGUAUUAAGUUCCUCAUGAAUACAUUAUUUUGAAAGAAAA